AUGGUCCUGCUGCUGAUGGUGACCUGGGCCUGCAUCUCCUCCUGCAGCGGAGCAGCAUCCAGUGAGUACAGCGGGACGGGGACCGGCCGGUACCGGGCCGGUCACUGGGCCAGGUACAGGGCCCGGUACCGGCCGGUCACUGGGCCAGGUGCUGGAGGCUGGACCCCUUUGGACUCAGACCGCUACCAGUGGCUGCAGAUAGACCUGGGCUCCAGGAAGCAGGUGGUUUCCAUAGCAACCCAGGGCCGCUACAGGAGCUCCGAUUGGACGAGUCAGUACCAGCUGCUGUACAGUGAUACACCCAACAACUGGAGGCCCUACUUGAAGAACGGAAACAUUUGGACCUUCAGGGGGAACAAUAACAGCGAAGAAGUUGUCCGGGAAGAGUUCCAGCAUCCCAUAGUGGCCCGCUACGUCCGCUUCGUCCCGCUGCACUGGAGCCUGAGGGGGCGAGCUGGAGUCCGUCUGGAUCUGUACGGCUGCUCCUACUGGGCUGACGUCAUCAGCUUCGAUGGCCACAGCAUCAUCUCCUAUCGCUUCAGGAGCAAAAAGAUGAAAACUGUGCGGGAUGUUAUUUCUCUGAAGUUUAAAACCACGGCCAGGGAUGGGGUGCUGCUGUAUGGGGAGGGACAGCAGGGAGACUUCAUUUCCCUGGAGCUCCGCAGGGCUGCGCUGGAGCUGAGCAUCAACCUGGGGAGCAGUCAGUACAAUCUGAUCGAGGGUCAGACCUCUGUGAGCAGUGGGAGUCUAUUGGAUGACGGUCACUGGCACUCGGUUGUCAUGGAGCGUCACCGUAGAAACAUCAACUUCACCCUGGACCACCACACCCAUCAGUUCAGGACCAAUGGGGAGUUUGAGCACCUGGACCUGGACUAUGAGCUGUCCAUCGGAGGACUUUCUGAAUCAGCCAAAGCUGCUGUGGGUGGGAAGCAGAACUUCGUCGGCUGCAUGGAAGGAAUCACCUACAACCAGGAGAACAUCACCAGCCUGGUGCGCAGGAGGAAGGUGGACACCUCCAGCUUCCGGAACCUGACGUUCACCUGUGCCGAGUCCACCUACUUCCCCGUCUACUUUAAUUGGUCGUCCUUCCUGCGGCUGCCGGGUCAGAGGGACAGCGACACGCUCUCAGUUAGCCUGUCCUUCAGGACGUGGAACCCCAACGGGGUGCUGAUGUUCACCCAGCUGGCCGAGGGGUGGCUGGAGCUGGGGCUGAUGGAGGGCAAGGUGACGGUCUACAUAAACGUGACCCAGAAGAGGAGCACCAGGGUGGACAUUUCAUCAGGUUUAGGUCUGAACGACGGCCAAUGGCACAGCGUCCAUUUGAACGCUCUGGACAACUACGCCAUGCUGACAGUGGAUGGGGACGAGGCGUCCACCGUGAGGACGGCCAUUCCUGCCCAGAUCAAGACCGGAGGAACCUACUACUUUGGAGGCUUCUUCGCCGCGGCUAACGGCGGCUCGCUGCAGCGCUCCUUCCAGGGCUGCAUCCAGAUGAUCCACAUCGAUGACCACCUGGUGGACCUGCGGGCCGUGGAGGAAGGUCACCUGGGAACCUUUGAAAACGUUAGCUUGGACAUGUGUGCUAUCAUAGACAGAUGCGUGCCCAACCACUGUGAACAUGGUGGCAGAUGCUCCCAGACGUGGGAGACCUUCAGCUGUAACUGCAGUGGGACCGGCUACACCGGAGCAACAUGCCACACCUCCCUGUAUCAGCAGUCCUGUGAGGAGUACCGGCAUCAGGGGAAGAGCUCGGGCCUCUACUGGAUCGACCCUGAUGGCAGUGGCCCCAUGGCCCCCCUCAGGGUCCACUGUGACAUGACAGAAGCAGCGGUUUGGAGCACGCUGAAGAACAACCUGCCUCCUCAGACGUCCGUCUCUGCUGUAGAGAGGAACGGGAAAGCAGCGCUUCAGAUCCUUUACAACGCCACUGAAGAUCAGGAAACAUGUUUUUGUAAAAAUGGCGCUCCAUUCACCUGGUGGGUGGGACGAGACAACAAGAGACAUUUCUACUGGGGGGGCUCGGGGCCUGGGAUACAGAAGUGUGCCUGUGGAAUAGGAAACAACUGCACAGAUGCCAAACACCACUGCAACUGCGACGCUGACCUGCGCAGCUGCACAGGAAGCUCAAUGCUGGUAUUAUCCUUUGAGUUUGGGGGAAAGCAAAUGGAGCUGACGGUCCAUUCACCAAACCCUCUGAAUGAUGACCAGUGGCACCGUGUGGAGGCUGAGAAGAACAUCAAAGAAGCUGUGCUCCAACUGGACGGUCAGUACAGAGAGGUCAAAGCAACGCCGGCGCUGGGACACACUCAGCUGGAGGUCUACACUGAUCUAUACGUUGGUGCUCUGAACGGUCAGAGGGGCUUCCUCGGCUGCAUGAGGGCUCUGAAGAUAAAUGGCGUCCUCUUGGACCUGGAGAACAGGGCUGAGGUGACUCCAGGGGUGAAGCCUGGCUGCCAGGGCCACUGCAGCAGCUACAGGAUGCAAUGCAGGAAUGGAGGGAAGUGUGUGGAGCGAUAUAACGGAUACUCCUGUGAUUGCUCUCUCACUGCCUACGAUGGACCCUUCUGCACUGACGAUGUUGGAGGCUAUUUUGAAGCAGGAACCCUGGUGCGAUACGAUUUCCUGUCGGAUCAUGGUGCAUCCCCACAGGGGGACCUAAAUGUUGGUCGUUUAGGUGAAGCCAACCUCACUCAGGAGGAGCUGGUCUUCAGCUUUAGCACGCACAGCGCUCCCAGCAUCCUGGUGUACAUCAGUUCAAGGUCUCGGGACUAUAUGGCCGUGGUGCUGCGACACAAUGGCUCUCUCCAGGUCCGGUACAGCCUCGGGGGACUACCAGAACCUUACACCAUUGAUAUUGACCAUCGCAACAUGGCCAAUGGACAGCCCCACUUCGUAAACAUUACCAGACGCUUGAGGGAGAUCCAUCUCCAGCUGGAUCACUACCCCAUGUCCACAUUCACCCUCCCAGAGGCUUCUGACGCACGCUUCCACCUGGUGAAAAGCAUCUUCCUAGGAAAGGUCUACGAAACGGGACAGAUUGACCCCAUUUUGAUCGAACGCUACAACAGCCCCGGCUUUGUGGGCUGCUUGUCCAGAGUUCAGCUCAACGACGUGGCGCCACUGAAAGCCGCCCUCCGUUCAGGCAUGAGCGCUCCCGUCAGCAUCCACGGCAUCCUGGUCCAGUCCAACUGCGGGGCCUCGCCCCUCACCAUCCCCCCCAUCCCAGCAGCUGGGGACCUCUGGCACAUGGAUUCAGGUGGAGCAGCUUCCCCCAUCAUAACCGGAAAGAUCAGCCCUGAUUCUGUCCCGCAGAAUUUUACUGUGAUUGCAGCUUGUCCGUUUCAUGGAUUUGACCGCAUGGCUCCUUUGCUCUCUGCAGAAACGGGACAGAUUGACCCCAUUUUGAUCGAACGCUACAACAGCCCCGGCUUUGUGGGCUGCUUGUCCAGAGUUCAGCUCAACGACGUGGCGCCACUGAAAGCCGCCCUCCGUUCAGGCAUGAGCGCUCCCGUCAGCAUCCACGGCAUCCUGGUCCAGUCCAACUGCGGGGCCUCGCCCCUCACCAUCCCCCCCAUCCCAGCAGCUGGGGACCUCUGGCACAUGGAUUCAGGUGGAGCAGCUUCCCCCAUCAUAACCGGAAAGAUCAGCCCUGAUUCUGUCCCGCAGAAUUUUACUGUGAUUGCAGGCGUGGUCGCGCUGCUGGUCGCGGCGGCGCUGUGCGUCAUGGUGCUGGUCGUCCGCCACAUGUUUCGUCACAAAGGUUCGUAUCACACCAACGAGGCCAAAGGCGCCGAGUCGGCCAACUGCGCCGACGCCGCCAUCAUCGUCAACGACCCGGCGUUCACCGAAACCAUCGACGAGAGCAAGAAGGAGUGGUUCAUCUGAUCAGCCUAGUUCUACAGCUUUGGGAGCAUGCACCCCCCCCCCUCCUGCGGAGGAGCCUUUAUUUCAUGAACUGUGCGGAACAGACACUGGGGGGCGGAGUUACGGCACGAAGCAGACGCCGACCUUCAUUCAUCUGACGGGGCGGAGGAAGACGCUUCAGCGGACGGAGGGAUCAAAGUGUCUUAGAGCAUGUUUCUCAUUUAGUUUCAUCAUUUUCUCUUUUAUUUAUAACUUUAUUUAUUAAAUGUUUGGCACUGAUUGUAUCCAGUUAUUGUGCCACAAAGUCGUUUUUAUAAGAUCUAUUCAAAGGAAAUCUUUAGUUUUUUAGAGAACUUUAGGUUCAGGCCUGUAUGUUGACAUGAUGAAGCCUGUCUAACUGCUCUACAUCUAGCCUGCUGAGAAAUACCGAUUUAAAAAUCUUCCUCUGCUGUUUGGUUUCAUGUUUUUGUUCAUAAAGGUUCGUCUUUCUAAAUGUUCUUAAGUUGCCAAACCUGGUUGAGCUUUGAGGCGGAAUGCAGACGAUCCGGAUGCUUCUGCAGAACCUGGAAAGCUUCCCAUCCUAGAACCAGACGUUUGGGUUUGUGCAGAGGAAGGUUCGUUAGCCUCGUUUAGCUCCUGACAUCUGAUUGUAUUUGACUUUGUAUUCAUUGAUUGUGUUGCUGUGCAAUAGUUGCCGUUUCUCAUCGUUUCCUUCAUGUUCUGUGGAUAAAAAAAGAAAAACGUCCA